AAUGUUUAGAAAAUUUUCGAGAAAACCGUGUGUCAUUGAAUACGAAAAAUAUACGGAAAAAGGAUAUGAUUCAGAUGAAAGAGCUCAUCGAAAGUGUAUUGAAGGUUACUAUCGAGUAUCUCAACCAGAGCGGUUUAAAGUUAUAGGAAGUCGGCGAUGGGGUGAUGAAAUUGAUGCAAAUUACAAUCCUCCUCGGUUCACUGAUUCCUCUGUCCUAAUGGAUCCUACAACAAUGAAGAAGCCAAUUUGGGCUGAUUUACCAGAGAGUCAACUGUUCAAUGUUCUAUGGAAUCAAGAAGACGAACUUGAUGGGAGAAAAGUGAAUAGAAAAAGCUUUGAAUGCGAUUACAUAGUUGGACCAGCUUGUAAAGCUGAUUUAGGACGAUGUAAUUUACCAUUGAAUCCCAAAGGAAAAACGGGUAUUGUAGGUCGAGGAAUACUUGGACGCUGGGGGCCAAAUCAUGCUGCUGAUCCUAUUGUAACUAGGUGGAAUUUAAAAAACGACGGGACAAAAGUUUUACAAUUUGUAGCAAUAAAACGGGGCGAUAAUGGCGAGUGGGCUAUACCUGGUGGUAUGGUGGAACCAGGGGAAAAUGUAAGUCAGACUUUAAUAAAAGAGUUCUGCGAAGAAGCAUUAGGAAUAUGGGAAGAAGAGAGUAAAGAUAUAUCCUUAGAAACCAGAGAGGAAAAACGAACAGAAAUUGUUAAUGAAUUAAAAGAAUUUUUCGAGGAAACUGGUGUUAAAAUUUAUUCAGGAUAUGUUGACGAUCCAAGAAAUACGGAUAAUGCCUGGGUUGAAACUACAGUUUUCAAUUUUCACGAAACUGAUUCUAAAACUGUCAGCAAAUAUAAUCUAAGGGCUGGUGACGAUGCUAUCAAUGUAAAGUGGAUGAAUAUAGAUGAAUGCCAACAAUUGUAUGCAAGCCAUUUAGACUUUGUUAGAAUGGUUGCAGAGAAACACGUCGUUCCAAUGAAUACAGAUUUGUGA